UUUUAAGGGCCAGCUGGGGUUGUAUAUAUGACAAAAAACCCAAACAGAAGUUUGGAGUUCCCUUGUAACUCUUUGGCUGUUUGGUUCUCUCCAUCCAUCCUCCUAUCUAUUUCAUUUUCUUCAAGGCUUUCCUGAAAGCAGACAUGAGUUUCUACAAACACUCAGCCCCCCGCAGCUAUCUGAGCUCCACCAUGACUGAGCGUUUCGACUGCUUCUACUGCAGAGACAACCUGCAGGGCAAGAAGUACGUCAAGAAGGACGAGAAGCCUGUGUGCGUGCGCUGCUUCGACAAGCUCUGCGCCAACACUUGCGCUGAGUGUCGCAAGCCUAUUGGUGCUGAUGCUAAGGAGCUGACCCAUAAGAACCGCCACUGGCAUGAGAGCUGUUUCCGCUGUGCCAAGUGCUACAAGCCCCUGGCCAAUGAGUCUUUUGCCGCCAAGGAUGAUGGCAAGAUCAUGUGUGGGAAGUGUGGAGACCGUGACGGAUCGCCUCGCUGCCAGGGCUGCUACAAAGUGAUUACGCCAGGAUCUAAGAAUGUGGAGUACAAGCAUAAAGUCUGGCAUGAGGAGUGUUUCAUCUGCUUUGAGUGCAAGCAGCCAAUCCGCUCCCAGAGCUUCCUGACCAAGGGUGAUGAAAUGUACUGCACUGCCUGCAAUGAGAAGAAGUUCGCCAAGCACUGCGUCCGCUGCAAAGAGGCCAUUACCAGCGGUGGAAUCACUUAUCAGGAUCAGCCCUGGCACUCUGAGUGCUUUGUGUGUAACACAUGCAAAAAACCUCUGGCUGGAGCUCGUUUUACGGCCCAUGAAGAUCAGUUCUACUGCGUGAAUUGCUAUAAGGCUGAUGUGGCCAAGAAGUGCUCUGGAUGUCAAAAUCCCAUUACAGGAUUUGGCAGAGGGACCAACGUGGUGAACUACGAGGACAAAACCUGGCAUGAAUACUGCUUUAAUUGCAAAAAAUGCUCCCUCUCCAUGGCCCACAAGCGUUUUGUCAUCAACGGAGAUGACAUCUACUGCCCUGAUUGCGCCAAAAAGCUGUGAAGGCCUGAUGGGAUGCGAUACGGCUGAUUAUCGAGCAAUUAAGAAUUAGUCGAAGAUGUAUCAAUCUAGCAAUGCUUUGAGUGUUCAAGUAAAGAGAAACCAGUGAGAGUGUUUGCAUUAAUAAAUCACUGGAGGAUUGAGA